ACGAUCGGCCUCGAUGAAAUAACAAUGAAUUCCUCGGCGAUUUUCAAAGUCUGGUCCCGGUUCCCUUCCUCCGAUAAGGCGGAGACGCCGAAGGCGGGUUGGUAUCCUAACUACAUCUAUGCAUUACUUCCCAAGUGCAAGCCUCAUUUGAAGAGCAAGUGUGAAGGCUUUCGGACUGACACAACCCCGUUCCGGAAGCAAGGGAAGAAGGCAUACAUCACUGGAUACUUCCACGGAUUUUGCAACAAGGAA